AUCGAAAAAAUGUUGAUGAUCACAAACAAACAUAUGAUGGUAUUAAACGCAAACAUGACCAACAAGCACAAAAUAUUCAACGUCAAAUAGAUUUAAAAGCAAGCACUGGUCAACAAAUCACAAGUGCAAAUCAACAAUUUAUUAAUGUACGUCGAACUAUUUGUGAGCGGGCUAUUGAUAUCAAUAGUAAAGGUCGACAUAUGAGAGUAACCAGAGAAGGAUUAUCAAAUUAUUUAGCAACGAGGAUGAAGACGAUUAAUGAAAAUGUUGAUCCGGAUUAUUUAUUUUCACCUGUUAUUCAACCACAGUACAAUCAAAAUAAAUCAUAA